AUGGAUGAUACCAAGAAGCGAGUCCACGACGAGUUAAGCGAAGACUCGUCCAACUCGCCCGAGUUCAAGAUUCGUCGAGUUGACUCGCCCGAGUCUCUCCCUCACUCGGUCCUUCACUCGGAGGUGCCACUGCAAGACGACAUUUUCAACAUACUUGAUGAAGCUGACAAUGUGCCCGACCGUGACACCGUGGGUCUUGACUCAGUGAUCAAAAGCUUUGAAGAUGAGAUUAACGCUCCCAAUUCUGACCCGGUUGGUCCGACCCAGAUGCCCGUUUCUGGUGAGUUGCAAACUAACCUGGGGUAUCUCCUGGAAGCUUCCGACGAUGAGCUGGGAUUGCCGCCGACGGAUAUUUCUGCUGUGGAACCGGGUCUCGACCCGGAAACGACGGAGCCUACUGGGUUCAUAGGAUUUGAAGAAGGUGUUCCUGGAUUUGAUGCAUUCGAGUUCGGUUCCGGGUUUGUGACAGAGUGUGACGGCGGCACUGGAGGUUUUGUGACUGUUGAUGGACUGUUUGAUUAUGCGGAUCCGGCUACGGAUGUUUUGUGGCGGUCGGAGUCGUUACAGGCUAUGUAA